CAGACGCUUAUGAAGCGUUAGUGUGUCUCACUUCUGCAAUUCUUUUGUGUUUAAGCGGCUUUUAUGGUUUAUUCCUGUUUGUGCGCUGGAUUUGUGUGGUGGCGCGGGGGGAGAGACUUAAAGCUCGAGAUAAGACUUAUAGUUACACACGAGGAGGUUAAUAACGCACGAGGAGGUUAAUAACGCACGAGGAGGUUAAUAACGCACGAGGAGGUUAAUAACGCACGAGGAGGUUAAUAACGCACGAGGAGGUUAAUAACGCACGAGGAGAUGAUCUCAGAAAAGCCACCAUUGCCAGGAGAUGGAGCUGAGGUGGGGCCUGUGGCAGUUCCUGAAGCCCCAUUAGUCCGUGUACGUGAUGGGUGGGACAGUAAGGUGGAGUAUUUCCUGGCUCAGGUGGGAUUCAGUGUUGGACUUGGAAAUGUAUGGAGAUUCCCCUACUUGUGUCACCAGAAUGGAGGAGGAUCAUUCUUGUUGCUCUAUGUUCUAUUGAUGCUGGUGGUUGGUGUGCCAUUGUUUUUCCUGGAGUUAGCAGUGGGUCAGAGUAUCAGACAAGGUAGCAUUGGCGUCUGGAGACACAUCUCACCAAAACUUGUCGGGAUUGGCUACUCCAGUUGCGUGGUGUGUUUCUUUGUGGCUCUGUAUUAUAACGUAAUCAUCGGCUGGAGUAUUUUCUAUCUUUUAAAAUCAUUCCAGAGUCCGUUACCAUGGGAGAACUGCCCUAAAGAGGGGAACAUCACAGAAUCAGAAUGUGCUGCGAGUUCUCCUACAUCAUACUUCUGGUACCGUAAAGCUCUGGAUAUUACAGACUCAAUCAAUGAGACAGGAGACUUUAACUUGGUCAUCACUGGUUGUCUUGCUCUCGCCUGGACCAUUGUCUGUCUCGCCAUGUUCAAGGGCAUCAAGUCUUCUGGCAAGGUGAUGUAUUUCUCCUCCGUGUUCCCAUAUGUGGUUCUGCUGUGUUUCCUAAUUCGAGGUCUAACUCUGGACGGAGCAGCAGAGGGACUCAAGUAUAUGUUCAGUCCGAAGUUGGAGAUCUGGGGUGACGUACAGGUGUGGCGGCAGGCCUUCACUCAGGUGUUCUUUGCUCUGGGUUUGGGGUUUGGCUCCAUCAUAGCGUACUCCUCCUACAACCAGUGCAAUAAUAACUGUCACCGUGACGCCUUCACUGUCUCCACCAUCAACUUACUUACCUCAAUCCUUGCCUCGCUCGUCGUCUUCUCUGUGUUGGGCUUCAGGGCCAAGACCUUUACCAAGACUUGCAUCUCAGAGAAUCUGAAGCUGUUAUCUGAAGCAGUCUCAUCUACUGUUACUCCACAACCUCUUCUCAUUAACAUAACGGAGGUGGAGUCUGUUUCUGUGGAGAUGUAUAAACACUGGUACGAAGGGCAGGGGAUUCAGCUGAAUCUCAUCGGUUACAACAUCAGCAAUUGCAGCCUGGAGGAUGCCAUGAACAAAGGAGUGGAAGGGACAGGUCUGGCAUUUAUUGCCUUCACAGAGGCAAUGACUCUGUUUCCAUUAAGUCCGUUCUGGUCAGCAUUGUUCUUCCUCAUGCUUCUCAACCUGGGACUGUCCACCAUGUUCGGUACAAUGGAGGGGAUCCUCACUCCCCUGUCUGAUACAUUCUCCUCACUCAGGAACCACAAACUCGUCUUCACAAUGUGUAGCUGUGUGUUGGCAUUUGUGAUCGGUCUGUUGUUCACUCAGCGCUGUGGGAAUUACUUCGUGGUAAUGUUUGACGAUUACUCUGCCACACUGCCACUCAUCAUUGUUGUUGUUUUCCAAACCAUCAGCGUUGCCUGGGUAUAUGGAGCAGACAGGUUCCUGCAGGAUAUCAGACAGAUGCUUGGACGGCCAGUGUGUGUGAUGUACAAGUUUCUGUGGAAGUACGUGUGUCUGUUGGCCAUGCUGACUCUGCUAGCAGCAAGUUUACUGAACAUGUGUCUCAAACGUCCACAAUACACAGCCUGGAACCAGCAGACGGCAUCAGAGGUACAGUUGCCAUAUCCUGAUUGGGCAUUAGCCAUGCUCUCAUCACUCAUCAUCAUAGCAGUACUUCCUGUACCUCUGGGUUAUGCCCACUUUAUGUUACGUCAGCGUUUUAACCGGCCCCCCGUCGACAAUGAAGCAGGAUACACCCCAUGCAGCACCACUGACACGGACUCUACCCCUCUAAGCACACCGCUGAACAUGGACAUGAAUCCUGCCUCCCUAGUGGCUGAGGAGGGCUACAGGCUCCUCCCACAGACAGGGGAGGAGGAAGGGGAGGAGUCUACAAGAGUAUGAUCUGGAAAGGACAUUGCUGGUGAUAAGUUACAUACAGAACAAAUUCACACACAAACCUGUUGCUUUAAACUCUGUACAAUUUGAUAUGUCUAAUUGAAUAUGCUAAUUAGCUAAUAUUAGCAUUGCUUAGUUAGCAUUGCAUUUACAAAGCUUUGUCUUUGUGCCUGUUAUUAGAGACACUGCCAUAUUGUCUACUCCGUGCCAUAAAUGUGUCAUUGAUUAAUUUUACUGUCAUUAGAACUCUCACAUCUCCAAACUUUUAUCACCAUCUACUUUUCAAACUCCAGAUGUAUAAUACAGGUCUAGUUGUUUUUUUAUUAUACAGGUCAUUUCAUCUGAGUAACAUGUGACUAAAAUUCUCGUCCCUCAUUAGAAUAUGGUCAGGAACACAGUCCACCCUGGGGUAGUGUGAUGGGGUCAAACCAAGCAGUGGCUUUGUUGGAUAAUUACUUUACUUUCAGUACUUUUUUGUGAGCAAGCAAAAGAAGGUAAAGUUUGAAAUCGUUCACACACUUUUGAACAUCUGGAAGAUUUGUCACAUUAACUACAUGUACAUUGGAGAAAAACAUGCCUGUACUGUAUAUAUGUACCACAUCAGUCUGAGGUUUUUAACUAUUCCAUGCACAGUGAUGUAAAACAGCCUGAGCUCUUAAAAUGUUUCACAUUCAUCAGACUUUCUGUAGAUUUGAUGAUGACAUAAGAGGAAAACUGGUGUUAACCAGGACAUGAAUCAGUGCCUUCCUGUGAUUCCUGUAAAAUCUCAAAAUAUAAAAUCCUUUUUUUUUAUAGUUGGAGCGAUAGUUAAUUUGUAAACUGAAUGAUGUGAGUUUGUCUCACGAGCUGUGUGUGAAUCACUAAACCUCACGUCACAACCUUUAGUUUAGAAACCUGCUGUAAGUCUAACAACUAUUUAUUAUACAAACUCUAAGGACUAUCAGUGUAAAUGUUCUCAGCUGAAAUGCCAUGACACAAUGCAUAUGGAUGUCUAAUGGAAUGUAAAAUAUUAUACCACACACACUUAAUAACAGUUAGUUCAUUAAUUAAAACUUUUUUAAACAUCUCAAAAGCACAAUGUUGUAAAUGUGAUUAGUUUUCAGUGAUGGUGAGGUUAAAGACUAUAAAGGAGAGAAAGAGCUAAAUCGUGGCUCCUGAUUGGUCAGCUGCUCUAACAGUCAUUAUGACAUGAGUCUGGAUUUCAGAUUUCAGUUUAUUAAGAAAGAUAUCAUGUAUUUAUUUAUACAGUUAAACAGAACCAGCAAUACAGUUACAGAAGUUAAUUGACUUUCUGUAACAGCAGUUACAGAAAGUCAAUUAAAAUGAAACCAGGUCACAGACAAAACACACACACACACACACACACACUGUUUUCAUUGCACUAUUUUAAUAUAAACAUUUGACAAUAUCUUUUGUAUUUUAAAUCAAAAAGGCUUUUUGUGUUUUAUAGCUUUGUACAUUUUCAUAAAGUUUUAUAUUUGUGUGUUUGUCUGUGUGUGUCUGUGUGUGUUUGUGUGUCUGUGUGUGUUUGUCUGUGUGUCUGGGUCUGUGUGUCUGGGUGGGUGUGUGUGUGUCUGGGUGGGUGUGUGUGUGUCUGGGUGGGUGUGUGUCUGUGUGUGUGUGUGUGUGUGUGUCUGGGUGUGAUUCCUCUGGAGUGUUUCCUUAACUUUGUUUUACUAAAAAAGUGUCAGUGUUUGUUUUUAAUUCUGUAAUGUGAUGAAGUGCCUUUAAAAUGCGCAGGUCAUUGUUAUAUUUUGUUUAUAUUAAAUUUGUUUAAUAUUAAA